CGAGUUGCUCUGUGUACUCUAAAGAUGAAAUUAUUCAAAUAUCAUACUUAGCCAAAAACAAGGCAUUUAAUAUUAGAAAGCUAGAAAGUCGGAAACGUAGCCAAAAAGAAAGAAAGAAUUUACAACAAUGGAAUCACGGGUUAAUAAUCAAGAUGGCAAUAUAAAUGUCGACACGCCGAGAGAAGACGAUCCUGACACACAAUGUGGAUUUGGAUCUUUCCGUCCUGGUUUCUUACAGAUAUUUGCACGGAUUGGUGCUUUUGUUAGUUUUUAUAGCUUAUCAGGAUUGCUGACAUCAACGCUGGCUGUUUAUAUAAACUCUCAGGUUACUAUGCUAGAAAAGCAGUUUGGUUUCAGUAGCGCGGAGACUGGCUUUCUGAUGAGCUGUAACGAUAUUGGGUUCCUUUCGUGUAUUAUAUUCUGUGGGUUCAUUGCAAGAAAGGUACAUAUACCAAGAGGUUUGGGGAUCAGCACCAUUUUGUAUGGUAUAUGUGGUAUAAUGUGCUCUUUACCAUACUUUAUACAAGAUCUUUCCUCCUAUGAAAUCGAUCAGAUGACUAAUAACCUUGAUAUACAAACAAAUACAACAGCUCCUGGUGGAAAAGUCCCAAUGUGUGUAAAUGAUACAUCAAAUGGUGACAGAGAUAGAUGUUCUGCAGAUAUUGAAGGUGUUGCAAAAUCAAUGACUGUUGUUCAACAACUUCAAAUCAAGAAAGUUGCAUAUUGCAUUAUUGCUAUCGGAAUGGUGUUUCAAGGUGUCGGAAAGUCAGUCAGGUAUCCAUUCAUAACUCUUUAUGUAGACGACGCUGUCGACAAACGAAAGACAGGUUUUUAUAUGGGAAUUAUCAUAGGGACUGCGAUUUUUGGUCCUGCUCUGGCUUACCUUGUUGGUGGACUGUUUAAUAAUAUAUACAUUACACUCGAAAAGGUUGACAUAACACCAAAGGAUCCAAGAUGGAUCGGUGCAUGGUGGUUAGGAUUUGUUGUAUUUGGCGCCUGUUCGGUAGUUUUUAGUCUGCCGAUCAUGCUUUUCCCGCGCAAACUGAAAAGUAAAAGUCGAAUGAAAGAUUUGGAAAUGACUGGGGAGAACGUGGAACACGUUACACAUAAAUCGACUGGCCAGACUUUCAUUCAGGAAGUGAAAGAUUUUGGUAAAACGAUUUGGCGAUUGUUACGUAAUCCGAUCUACAUAACCAUUGCUUUGUCAUCAGUUAUCAGCGUUAUCGGCUUGUCGGGCAUGUUGUCAUUUAUGCCGAAAUAUCUUGUGAUCCAGUAUACAAUUCCUCUCUGGAAGUCGAAUAUCAUUAUUGCUAUAAGUACAAUAGCUGCAUUAGCGAUGGGCUCAUUUCUAGGUGGAUUAGUUUCACGCCGAGUUGAGAUGACUCCCCGGACAUCUCUAAAGAUGUUAUUGAUAUUCGACUUUAUAAAUUUAAUUUGUAUGAGCACGGGGUUCUUUCUCGGAUGCGAUCAACCGACGCUUGUAGGUGACAAUGGCCACGGACGUGAGCUGAAUUCACUUUAUUCGCCAAUAGAACGAUCUUGUAUACUUGGUUGUUCUUGUGAUGAUGGUGCAUAUUUCCCGGCGUGUGGUGAAGAUGGGCGUACAUAUUUCAGUCCCUGUCAUGCUGGCUGCACAGAACAAAUUGCUCAGUCAUUCUUCAACUGCACGUGCAUCAAUUCGGGGAAAGCGACACCAGGACUAUGUGAUCAAGGAUGUUCUUCAAAAUUGUACAUCUAUUCUGCAAUAACAUUUAUUGGAAGAUUUGUUGAUGCCUUUAAAAUCAUUCCAAUCAUAAUUGUUAAUUUAAGGUGUGUUGAGGAGAGAGACCGAGCAUCUGCUUCAGCAUUUUCUGGAUUUUUAUCGUCAGCGUUAGGAUGGAUGCCCGGUCCAGUUAUAUUUGGUGCUAUUGUCGAUGGAACAUGCUCUUUGUGGAAAUACACGUGUGGAGAACGUCAGUCUUGUCUACUUUACGACAUCAUACUUUUUCGAAAGGUCAUCCACGGAUACGGAACAAUAGCAACAGCUUUAUCAAUAUUCACUGUCUUCUUGUUGUACAUAUACUUGCGAGUUAAAGGAAUAACUAAAUGGAGGGAACACGACAAAAAAGCUGAUAAAGAUAAUAAAUUGGUAGAUCACUUUGGAGAGAGAGACGAGGGUGUUAAAGAAUAAAAAAAGCUUACGUUUAAAUCAAGGAAUUUCAAUUAAUUUCAAAUAGUUAAUUCAUAAAAAUCUACAAUUUGCAUGAUCUAAAAGUGAAAGAAAGUUGUGCGUCACCGGCCUCAUCUUCGUGUCAUCUGACCUUAAAUUUGAAUAGUUUGCUAAUGUCAAGGGCAGAUAAUUCAGAGCAAAUGUUAGCUAGGAAUUAUCUUUCUGUUUUUCAUAUACCUUUUUAGUGAUUGUGCAAAAUUUCAAUAAUAAGCAGUUGGUAGUUUCUUCAUAUUUUCCUUUACUCAAUUAUAUCCAAUUAAAAAUGAUAAUUUU